AUGCUUACCUCCAAACCCCAAAUCAAACUGUCCGAUGAAGACGAAGAAUUCUUGACGGCGAUGCGAUUUCCCAUCGGCGCAGUUCUUCCGAUGGUUCUAAAAGCUGCAAUCGAGCUCGAUUUAUUCGAGAUCAUGGCCAAAACUUCUCCAGGUGGCCGCCGACUCUCCUCUUCCGAGAUUGCUUCGCAACUUCCCACUCGAAAUCCCGAAGCCCCAGUGAUGCUCGAUCGUAUGCUUCGGUUUCUUGCUAGCAACUCAAUCCUCACAUGCACUCUCAACAGAGAUGAAAGCGGAGAUGCAAAAAGAUCGUAUGGGUUGACACCUAUUUGCAAAUACUUUGUCCGAGAUCAGCAUGGAGUUUCUCUCUCUCCCUCUGUACUCCUUCUUCAAGACAAAUGGAUACUUCAUGACUGGAGUGAUGAUCACUGCUUGAAGCUAUUGAAGAAUUGUUGGAAUGCACUUCCAGAUUCCGGUAAGGUGAUAGCGGUCGAAUCAAUACUGCCGGAGUACCCGGAGACUGAUUUAUUGUCUCAAACUAUUAUUGGCUCCGACAUGGUUAUGUUGACACUGAAUCCCGGAGGGAAAGAGAGGACGGAGAAAGAAUACGAGGCAUUGGUAAAAGCAGCUGGAUUUGCUGCUUUGAAACUUAUAUGUUGUGUACAAAGCUACUGGAUCAUGGAAUUCUACAAGAAAUGUAACUUCUAG